GCUAGAAACGUGAAAAAUAAGAUAAAAUAAUAUCUGUUCCUAACCUAACAAAUUUAUGAGCGUGUGACCAGUCUUAUAGGCCAGUAAAAUGGCUUCAAAUUAUGCUAAGCGUAUGAAUCGACUCGCUGGGCGAAUAUUUGGAGAAGUUACACGACCUUUCAAACCAGGCCAACAACGAAUUGUUCGAAUUUUUGCAGAAAAACCUGUGCAUAAGAAAAUGGAGGUCAUGGAAUAUUAUCCGAGAGUGAACUAUGUUAACAAUCUCAUGAAGGUUCUCAGAAAUCACGGAUUGUAUAGAGACGAACAUGCAGAUCUCGUGGAGGAAUAUAAAGAGAGAAGAGAAGCUCGUGGAAAAGUGAAGCCAAAGAAAGGAGAAGGCAAGAGGUCAUUGAAAAGAAAGGGCUGAGCGUGAAAGAGAAAGUUUUAGCUAUUAUGAUGAAGAAUGUGUUGAAAGGAUGUUUUAUAUGUGUGUUUAUUACAUUAAAAUGUGCCAUUAGUUCUGUACCAUAAUGUCAUUAUGUUUCAUUAAUGAACAUCCACAGAAGAUAUUUAGAUAUCGUACAAACAAUAUUGAUAUGAGAAGGAAAGAAGUUGUAAUUGCAAGACCUUUGUUUUUUAAUAACCAAUGGCAAGAUUCUGUCAUGUUAUAUAUUAUAGUAAAAUUUAGCAUUUUGUUAAAAAUUUAUCACAUUCUUGAAUGUUUAUGAUAAUAAAUAUAAUUUCAUUGUGA